AUGAAGUUUCCUACAGUUGUACAAUUGAUUUUCGUCGACAUUGCUGAUGAUGAAGAGAUGGAAAAGGCUGCAGAGAAGGUCCAAAAACUUCCAAGAGAUGUUGAAGAUCAAUGCUUAUUAUUGGUUGAUGAGAAACUAUUCUUUGGUGGUGAUGACACUGUUAAUAUGGUGGACAUAGCUUUUGGAUCAAUGAUCAAAUUUCUUGUAACUACAGAAUAUUUGAAUGAAUUGAAGGUUCUAGAAGUUGAGAAAUUCCCUCGUUUGCAUUCAUGGUUUAAUAAUUUUAAGAAUUUUCCAAUCAUCAAAGAAAACUUUUCUCAUAGAGAGAAAAUGUGUGCUAAUUUAAAGUAUAUCAGAAAAACAAUAAGAGAAUAG